ACCGUCGUCGUUGCAUCUCCACUCUUUUCCUCUCUAAACCCAAAUCACGAUUUGAGGUUCUCUCGCCUCCGACGAACAAGUUUAAGAUGAGUGUAGCAAGUGAUUCUCCAGUUCAUUCAUCAAGUAGUAGUGACGAUCUUGCUGCAUUCCUUGAUGCUGAACUGGACUCUGCCUCAGAUGCUUCUUCUGGACCCAGCGAAGAAGAAGAAGAAGCCGAGGAUGAUGAAGAAUCUGGGUUAAAGAGACGAAAGUUAGAGCAUUUAGAAACUGUAGACGAAGAGGAGAUUGAGGAAGCAUCCUCAAGUAAAGGUGAAUGCCAGCACCCAGGAUCAUUUGGGAAUAUGUGUUUCGUCUGUGGACAAAAGUUGGAAGAAACCGGUGUUUCAUUUAGAUACAUACACAAGGAAAUGAGGCUCAAUGAAGAUGAAAUCUCCCGGUUGCGUGAUUCAGAUUCGAGAUUCUUGCAACGCCAGCGGAAGUUGUAUUUAGUUCUCGAUCUAGACCACACGUUGCUUAAUUCAACCGUACUAAGGGACCUGAAACCAGAGGAGGAAUACUUGAAAAGCCAUACACAUUCUCUUCAAGAUGUUUCCAGAGGCAGUCUUUUCAUGCUGGAAUUUAUGCAGAUGAUGACCAAACUGAGGCCAUUUGUUCACUCAUUUCUAAAAGAAGCCAGUGAAAUGUUUGUGAUGUACAUAUACACAAUGGGAGAUAGGGCAUAUGCGCGACAGAUGGCGAAGCUAUUGGACCCCAAAGGAGAGUACUUUGGUGAUCGGGUCAUUUCUCGGGAUGACGGCACAGUGAGACAUCAAAAGAGUCUAGAUGUGGUGCUUGGACAAGAAAGUGCUGUUCUGAUUCUUGACGAUACAGAGAAUGCGUGGCCAAAUCACAAGGACAAUUUGAUUGUGAUAGAGAGGUAUCACUUUUUCGCUUCGAGCUGCAGACAGUUUGAUCACAAAUACAAGUCUCUAUCGGAGUUGAAGAGCGAUGAGAGUGAACCAGAUGGGGCACUUGCAACUGUUCUGAAAGUCCUAAAACAAGCGCAUGCUCUAUUCUUUGAGAAUGUGGAUGAAGACAUAUCAAACAGAGAUGUUAGGUCAAUGCUGAAACAAGUGCGUAAAGAGGUACUCAAAGGAUGUAAAGUAGUGUUCAGUCGGGUGUUCCCAACCAAGGCUAAGCCAGAAGAUCACCCUUUGUGGAAGAUGGCUGAAGAACUGGGAGCCACCUGCGCAACGGAAGUGGAUGCAUCAGUGACACACGUGGUGGCUAUGGAUGUGGGAACAGAGAAGGCACGUUGGGCAGUAAGAGAGAAGAAGUAUGUGGUUCAUAGAGGAUGGAUAGAUGCAGCUAAUUACCUGUGGAAGAAGCAGCCAGAAGAGAACUUCAGUUUAGAGCAGCUCAAGAAGCAACAAACAUCCAUGGCUCUCGAUACUUACGCGUCGUCGAACCCUAAUGAGGUUCAUGAGGAUGUUCUUCUUAAAGCUAGAGAUGCUUGCUACAAGGCCAGAGAUGCUUUUUACGCUUGUCUAGAAAAGGAAUCUGGUAAAAAACCAACUGAAAUCGCGACCGUUGGUCUUCUCUAUCCUAAGGAGUGUAGCAGUUCUAGAACCCAAUUCGUCAACAACUGUCGCUCCUCUUGGGUGAAGCAUUUCGAUAGAGAGUAUUGUAGAAACAAGAGAGUUCAAAGGCUGUUGGAUGAUGGAGAUGAGAGGAAAGGUCCAAUGUCACUUCCUCAGCCUUACACUUUCAAGCCUUCCCCUUCCACUUAGAUUCCUUCCUUUCCUGGUGUUAAGGACUCUCUCUAUUGAGGAAGAUUACAAUGGUCAAAUACUGUUCCUGAAUCAUUUUCUUUGCCUAGUUUUUAGAUCUUAUUUGCGUUGUAAACCUUUUAACAUGGGAAUAAAGUGGCACAUUUCAA